AUGGCGUACCCUGACGAAUACCAACUACUACUGGCAAACGCCGACGGAGCAGGAGGUACCCAAAAUAUCCUAUCUCAAUUACGAACAAUCUUCAUACUUGAAGACCCAUUUCAGGGAUCAACCGGGAUGCAAGAAGAAGCCUACAGAGACCUGGAGAGGCUUUCGUGCAACAGCCUGAAACAUAUUAUCCAAUUCCUGAAUGACUACAUGAGGUUAGCCUCAAAAACGGGAAGGCUAUUCACAAGCCCCGAGUUAUCUGAAAAACUAUGGUCCAAGAUGCCCGGAGAAUUAGGAAAAAGGAUAAAGGACGCCUUUGAAUCCAAAUACAGGGGCAAUACGAUCGGGGUAAUCCCUAGGAUCUUAUUUUCGUACAAAUACCUGGAAGCAGAAUGCAAGGACGUCGCAUUCAAAAGGGCGCCCAAAGACCUGUCAUUCUGUAGUGAAAUACCCAUCCUAGGAUAUUAUAACAAGCCUGAAAGGAAAUACGGUGUUAGAAGAUCAACAACAUAUAAAGGCAAGCCCCACUCAUCACAUGCACGGAUAGAAAAAAGAAAGCACUUGGUAAGAAACAAAAGGUGCAAGUGCUAUUUGUGCGGUGAGGAAGGACAUUUCGCUAGGGAAUGUCCUAACGACUGUAAAAACAUAAAGAGGGUUGCAAUGUUUGAACAAUUAGACCUUCUAGAGGAUUACGAAAUCAUCUCUGUCCAAGAGGGAGAAAAACAAAGUGACGCAAUCUACUCAAUCUCUGAGGGAGAAGACGUAGAGGAAUUACAACAUGGUAUACACUUCUUCACCCAUAAAAUAUUUGCUCUUGUUAAAGAUAGCAGGACCUGGUGGAUUGGACCAGAGUCAGGAUACAGAGCAAGAAUACACGUCUCACAAAAACAGGCCGAGUGCAGCCACAUCUGGAGGAUAAACGAGGAACUACCAGCAAGGCUAGAAAGGUGCAACUGCUGUAAAAGAAUCUCACAACAAAGGCACAGGCGACAUUGCCCACUGUGUGAGCUCACCUCGUGUGGGAUGUGUAGCAUCUACUACUUCAAUAAAAAGACCCCUGUAGCACUGGAGGAACUAGUCAAGUUUGAACCCAAGAAUCUCCUCCAACAACAGCAGGAUUAUAUUAACCACUGUGAGGCAGAGAUAAAGAAAUUGAAAGCCACACUGGAAGCUGAAAAAGAAAAGGCAAAGGAAAUUGAGGAAGCCCAUCGACAAACCAUUACAAUUGCCCAGGAGAACCUCCAGCUAAAACAUGAAGUAGAAGAACUGAAAAGGAAAUACCAAGAGCUGGAACAAGAAAAUAUGGAACUUGAUAGACUCCGCAUGGAAAGGGCAGACUUACAAAAGGAGAUCAAUCUCCUAAAACAAAAAGAAAAGGAAAGCACCUAUCUCUUAGUGAUGGAGGAAAAACAGCAGAUACUAUCAGUUGAGACAAAAGAAGGCGCUAAACCAGAAAAAGCAAAGAAUAUGCUGUUCAACCUAAAGGUACAACUUGAAAUACCCAAUAUUCCUAUAAUCAAAGUAAAUGCCAUUCUGGACACAGGAGCUACCACAUGCUGCAUAGAUGAAGGCGCGAUACCAAAGGAAGCACUGGAAAAGAAUCCCUACCUGGUACAUUUCAGCGGGAUUACAUCAAAGACAACAGAAGAUAAGAAAUUAAAAGGAGGAAGGAUGGUGAUAGGUGACAACUCCGUCAGAAUCCCAUACACUUAUGCGUUCCCUAUGAAAUUAGGGGAUGACAUACAGAUGAUAAUCGGGUGCAAUUUCAUCCGCACCAUGCAAGGAGGAGUCAGAAUUGAAGGAAAUAUGGUAACCUUCUAUAAGAACCUGACUACUAUUAACACCCUCUCAUAUGUUCCAGUUACAGCUGCUAUAGAAGAACUAGAACUAGAAGAAGAAGACUACAUUCAAAUUCAGGAGCUGGUUCUAUACUCAGUUGAACCUCAAAAGGACGAAGACAAACUCAGAGCACAGUUUGGAAGCCUAAUCGAAAAAUUAAAGGCCCAAGGGUACAUUGGUGAAAAUCCUCUUCAAUACUGGAAGAAAAAUGGGUUGAUGUGUGAACUGGAGAUCAAAAACCCAAACCUUACAAUAGAGGACAAGCCAUUAAAGCACCUCACACCUCAGGCCAAAGAAUCCUUCUCUAGACAUGUCAAAGCACUUCUGGACAUCGGUGUGAUCAGACCAAGUAAGAGCAGGCACAGGACAACAGCAAUCAUAGUCAACUCUGGCACAACAGUAGACCCAGUCACUGGCCAGGAAAGAAGGGGAAAGGAGAGAAUGGUCUUUAACUACAGAAGACUAAAUGACCUCACUGAAAAAGACCAGUACAGCUUGCCAGGGAUAAACACCAUACUAAGAAAGGUCAGCAACAGCAAGAUAUACUCCAAGUUUGACCUAAAAUCUGGAUUCCAUCAGGUGGCAAUGCACCCGGACUCCAUAAUAUGGACGGCUUUCUGGGUACCAGAUGGACUAUAUGAAUGGCUGGCAAUGCCAUUUGGGCUCAAAAAUGCCCCUGCAAUAUUUCAGAGAAAGAUGGAUGCCUGCUUCAAAGGUACGGAACAAUUUAUAGCAGUCUAUAUAGACGACAUCCUAGUAUUCUCUGAAAAUACAAAGGACCAUGCUAAGCAUCUUCAUAAAAUGCUAGAAAUCUGUCAAAAAAAUGGAUUAGUACUGAGCCCGACAAAAAUGAAGAUUGCAGUCAAAGAAAUAGAAUUCCUAGGGGCAGUAUUAGGAAACUCAAGGAUUAAGCUGCAGCCCCACAUAGUAAAAAAAAUUACUGAGUUCAAAGAAGAAGACCUUACAACCAAAAGGGGUUUAAGGUCUUGGCUGGGGAUUCUAAACUAUGCAAGGAAUUACAUUCCAAAUCUCGGUAAACUCCUAGGGCCUCUCUACUCGAAAACAAGCCCAACAGGAGAAAAGAGACUCAAUGAACAGGAUUGGAAGCUUAUCAAGGAAGUCAAAAGCAAAGUCCAACAGCUUCCUGAUCUAGAAGUACCACCCCCAGAUUGCUAUAUAAUCCUAGAAGUUGAUGGAUGCAUGGAAGGAUGGGGAGGAGUGUGUAAAUGGAAAAAUAAGAAAGGAGACCCAAGGAGCACAGAAAGAAUCUGCGCCUAUGCUAGCGGAAAAUUCAGCCCCAUCAAAUCAGCUAUUGAUGCAGAAUUAUACGCAGUCCUGAAAACCCUUGAAGCCCUAAAGAUCUACUAUCUGGACAAAAGAGAGAUCCUGAUAAGAACGGACUGUCAAGCCAUAAUCAGCUUUUUCAACAAAUCAGCUCAAAAUAAACCGUCAAGAGUCCGAUGGAUGACAUUCAUUGAUUAUAUCACCGGAAGUGGGGUUGAAGUCCAAUUUGAACACAUUGAAGGAACAAGUAACAUCCUCGCCGACUCCUUAUCCAGAUUAAUCAAUAUUCUUUUAAAUGCAGGAUAG